AUGUCUGCUGAUCAUUCAAGAGAUCCAUGUCCUAUAGUCAUAUUAAAUGAUUUUGGUGGUGCAUUUGCCAUGGGUGCCAUCGGUGGUGUCAUAUGGCAUGGAAUUAAAGGUUUUAGAAAUUCCCCCAUCGGAGAACGUCGUCUUGGUUCCAUGAAUGCGAUUAAAGCUAGAGCACCUGUACUUGGUGGUAAUUUCGGUGUUUGGGGUGGUCUUUUCUCUACUUUUGAUUGUGGUGUUAAAGCUGUAAGGAAAAGAGAAGAUCCUUGGAACGCUAUCAUUGCUGGGUUUUUUACAGGUGGUGCAUUAGCCAUUAGAGGUGGUUGGAAACAUACAAGAAAUAGUGCUAUCACUUGCGCUUGUUUAUUGGGUGUCAUUGAAGGUGUAGGUUUGAUGUUCCAAAGAUAUGCUGCUUGGCAAGCAAAACCAAUGGCUCCACCAUUACCAGAAACUUCAGCACAACCAUUACAAGCAUGA